AUGUCAGGCAUUGAGGCGGUGGGACUAGUCCUCGGACUAUGGCCCAUUAUUGAGAGUCUUGUCAAAGGAUACAAGGCAGCUAAGGAAGGAGAUGACCGGGGAUUGUUUCUGCUCCAGAUUGAGGUUCAAGAGACGAUUUACAAAGGCUGUGUAAGACAGCUCGUUCAAGAACAUGGAGAAAGUACUAUCGAGAAUGACGAUGCAAACGUCGAAGCCAAGCAAUCCGAUCCCUCACCCUGGCAAACACCGUCAUUUCGAAGGAAGUUGCGCAGCCGUCUUGGUCCGACAGACUUUGAGUUGAUGGAGUCUGUCUUGAAACACAUCGAAAGGUCGAUGAUUAGUCUCCGUAACCAACUUGAAAAUGGCCAGGCAGAGCUAUUACUCAACGGCACGCGGCGGAGCCGGGUGAAGCAUCAUUUGCGCCAUAUCAGAAUGAACAUGCCUCAUUCGGAGUUCCAAAAAUCAUUCGAUAGAUUGAAAGAACACAACAAGGACUUACAGCAACUCGUCCAGGUUUUCGAAGAGCCCAGGAUCACGCCAAGCUGGAACUUUUCUGCUCCAAAAGACAGCUAUCAUUGCAGCUGUAGCGAAGGACAUGAGGCAGAUUUCAAUGUCAAUGGGGACGCUCACUUUCAAGUAUAUUUUCAUGUCGGUGACCAACCCGAAAGAUCUUUUUCGGAGAUUUCUUUGGAAUCGCGGCUUCCUACGAUAUCCAAGGCAUCAGCCAUCAACAUCAAAAGCGAGGACGAUCCGAAUAGAACUGAACGAAAUGCGGCGCCUGUUAUAGUGGGCACACCUGAAAGGGUGGAGCUCAGCAGGAGCCCAGGGCAGGACGACUAUCGGACAUCAUGGUCACGAUCUCGUCACAAUAGCACCAGCAGCGGAUCUCACGAAAGACGAGCUACUCGCGCCCUCCCAAUGUUGUUCUACCGGCCGCUCUCUGACUCCAAUGACAACGGGAGAGAAAUUGACGACAUGUGCAAUCUGGUAAAAAGUCUGGAUAAGAACGUCAAAAACCCUCGGAGAUCUUGCCAAACAGUUGGUACACUUGGCCAUGGGGACAAGCAUUUUGCAGCACGCCACAUGGAAUCAGCAAUAACAGGCAAGCACGUGACACCUCUGGAUGAGAAGCUCCCUGAAUUUGAGGAGUGGCUAUUAUCCCGCCAGAAGCGAGUCGAUAUCGCCCAGAGGCUGGCUUUAGCUAUUGUUCAAUUUUGGUCAACGCCUUGGAUUGAUAAAUGGUGGACAUGGAGCGACUUUUCUGUCAAGGAUGAUGAUCCCAGGGAAGUCCAACUCUUUGUAACGCGCACCAUCUUUGCGCCAAAUUCGGAGGGGAAAGUCACAGGAAAGCCAGCCGGAAUCUGGCGGUAUCUUCGGGAACCGCUGCUAAUUCGGCUCGGGUUUGCAUUGAUCGAGUUGGCACUGGGCAUGAGGCUUUCUCGAUUAAGAGACGUGCGUAAAUAUGGCAACGCGAAUGUUGAGGAUCUUGCAGAGGACAGUCAGGAUGCAAGGGAUUACGACACUGCCAUGACUAUUCUGGAGCGGAAGAUAUUGCAGGAGGAGAUAAGUGUUGCGUACCAGGCAGUGGUGGAGGCAUGCUUGAAGUGCGAAGUGGUUCGGGAAACAGGUGCGAUUUCGCUCACGACGGCUGCAAAUUCUUUCUCGGAAGACGUAGACCGCGAGAUUUUGCAACCACUUUCUGAGUAUUUCGAGACUAACUGGGGAGACAUGAAGUCGGAUUGA